GGGGCGGGGCCUAGCGGGAAGGGGGCAGGGCUCGCCGAGGGGCGGGGUUUAGAGCCCGCGAGUCCACACCGCCGAAGCCGGGGGACGGGCCUAGCCAAAAGGGGCGGGCGAGGACGGCCCGCGGGCGGCGGUCACUGGAAAGGCUGUACUGGGCGGCUGACCGAGGGGCUGACGCGCGGAGGGGUAGACAGCUGGGGACUGCGGGCAGCGCCGUGUCCGUCGCCAUGACAGAUCAGACGUAUUGUGACCGCCUGGUGCAGGACACGCCUUUCCUGACAGGCCACGGGCGCUUGAGUGAGCAGCAGGUGGACAAGAUCAUCCUCCAGCUGAACCGCUACUACCCACAGAUCCUUACCAACAAGGAGGCGGAAAAGUUCCGGAACCCCAAGGCGUCCUUGCGUGUGCGGCUCUGUGACCUCCUGAGCCACCUGCAGCGGAGCGGCGAGCGGGACUGCCAGGAGUUCUACCGAGCCCUGUAUAUCCAUGCCCAGCCCCUGCACAGCUGCCUGCCCAGCCGCCACGCUCUGCAGAACUCAGAUUGCACACAGCUAGACUCGGGCAGCCAGAGCGGCGAGCUGAGUGACAGGGGACCCAUGAGCUUCCUGGCUGGUCUGGGCCUUGCUGUGGGACUGGCCCUGCUCCUGUACUGUUAUCCACCAGACCCCAAGGGCCUGCCAGGGACCCGGCGCGUCCUCGGCUUCUCGCCUGUCAUCAUCGACAGACAUGUCAGCCGCUACCUGCUGGCCUUCCUGGCAGAUGACCUAGGGGGGCUCUGACAGACCCUGGACCCAGGGCCUCACCCGCCACUCAACCAAAGAGUCCUCCAGCCGACCCGCCAAGGGGACUGCUGCUUCUUUUUCUAAAUGCUUAUUUUUCAUUAUUUAUAAUUUGUGUAAAAAACACACCUCCGGCCGGGCACGGUGGCUCACGCCUGUAAU